UUCUUUUUUCUUUCACCAAAUAGGUCUGAUGCUGGCAUCGCUCGUAUCAGCAUCGGAACACAUCGCCAAAUUCAGUAUGAAAGGCAUGAGCGGGAGAGUCAUUUUCACCGAGGAUCCAAGUACAAUGGGCGUUCACAUCCAGGUCGAUCCUCUCAUCGGCCUUGAAGACGGCCAGGACUACGAAUGGAGCAUCCGAACUCUUCCAAUGCUCUACGACCGCGAGGAUAAGUGCGCCGAAGAGUACAUCGGUCCCGUUUACAGGAACCUCACCGCUGCCAUCGGGCGCCUUACCAACGUCACCACAGGGUCCAUGUAUGUAGAUCCAAUGCCGAUGUUAGAUGGCAAUGAUAACAUCAGUGGUCGCACUCUCGCCAUCGAAGACGCGAAUUCCGUCGUGUACUGUGCCUCUAUCAUUCCCUCAGAUGAAGUCAUAACAGCAGUAGCGCAGUUUGGGACGCCGCUUGCUGGAACCGUAACGUUUCGCCAACGCGCCGUUGCCGGUGCCGUUACGACUAUCUUUGUAGAUGUCUACGACGUAACAGAACCCAUCAUUGCGCAGGACUAUGACUGGCACAUCAGUGACAACACGGGGAUUACAAAAGACAUGACCGUAGAAGAGUGGUGUACAGCAACCACCGCAGAAGCAUAUGCAGAUUCUGGUGACCUGACUCCAAAAUUUGGUAGCGUCAACGUCAAAACCGUCCUUCUUCGCCAAAGGUACUUUUUCAUUGAUACAGAUAUCACCUUGAACGGAGCCGAAUCCAUCCUGAACAAAUCCUUAGUAUUCAGCCUUCCCGGGGAUGCAGGAACCAGGCAAGCGUGCUCACCCAUUCGCCUGGUAAAGUCAAAGACCGUUCGAGCAGAGUUCAGCCAGAAUAACGUUACUGGAAUCGUCACGUUCACCCAAGCUUCGCUGUGGGAAUCGACCAAUAUCACAGUCGACCUGGAGAACCUGAGGCAGAUGGCUGGCGGAUACCAUGUCCACAAGUUCCCAGUUCCAAUGAGAUAUCUCACUUCAGAUUUCCCUGGAAGUGCUGAUAAUGUAGCUGGACAUUUUAAUCCGUACAACAUCGACACAACAGCAGACCCCGACUACCCAAAUGGGACCAACGACCAGUAUGAACUGGGUGACAUCAGUGGCAAGUUCGGAAGCUUGGCAGGUCAGGACGACUUCAGUGGUACGUUUGAAGAUUGGAACAUGCCUCUGUUUGGAGCAAACAGCAUUGUAGGACGAUCAGUCAUUAUUCACCUCGCCAGCUCCGAACGGUGGGCUUACGGACUCAUCGAAUACCCGGCCCCGGUUAGAACAGUGACGUCGGUGUUCACCUAUCCUCUGGUGGGCCAGAUCACCUUCAGACAGGAUGCAGAAGACCCUUACUCGGACACAUCCGUUUUUGUGGACCUGGCUCAUAGCGACGGUGAGGAUACGACUGUUGAACACGACUGGCACAUCCACGUUGCUAAACUUGGUGAUGAUCACCUGGACCAGACGGGACGCUGCUCAAGUACCCUUGGUCACUUCAAUCCAUUCGCUGUAAAACUCACUGAAGAGUAUGCCACAGAGUGCGGUAUCGACGUUACAAGACGGUGCGAGAUUGGUGAUUUCUCCAAGAAAUACGGCAGGAUCACAGUACCAGGGUCAGUGCGUACCCAGGUUGGGAAGUACUUCUUCACCGAUGUACAGCUUCCACUGUCUGGUGUAUAUACUGUGGCCGAUCGAGCUGUUGUUGUCCACGUAAAGGACGGUGCUCCAGAGAGGCUUGGCUGUGGUGAUACUCUCGAUGUCUUCCAGGCAACAGCAACAGCUGAAAUGUGGAUCGGUGUUUCUGACUCUGGUACGGGUACCGUCACGACUCCCGUCACGGGUUCCGUUACCUUGACCCAGGACUCAGAAUUUGAUGAUGUGACCAUUACCGCCGAUCUAGACGGCCUCAACGGCGUUGUAGCACCUUGGCACAUCCACGUUCUCCCAGUGCCUUACUCCGAUGCAAGCCCUUGCAGCCCCACAAGCACCCAGGGACAUUACAACCCAUUUGGAAUUAUUGGUUCACCACCUGCAGGAACCUUCGAUUACUACGAAAAUGGUGACCUGAGUGGCAAAUUUGGCUACUGGAAUGACUUGCAGACGAUCAGUACGACCUAUUCCGACUCCAGUCUCUCCCUGUUCGGAUCGAGGAGUGUUUCAGGAAGGUCUGUCAUUGUCCAUCGGUCGGAUGAUGGCUCAAGGUACAGAUGCUCUUCUCUGAUGCCUGUACUCGGAGAUGGAGACUUUAGGAUUGAGGCUGGUGUUGAUAUCAGUAAUUCAGAUUUCACAGGAUAUUUACUUCUCGGCCAGACACAUUUCAGCAAUGGGCGUCUAGGCGAUACUACGAUAUUAGCCAACUUUUCACCAGUCGAUGUUUUAAUAAGUGAUGUUUACGACUGGACAAUCAGGACCGAUACAAUCUCUUCGUCAUCCUGCCCAAGUAGCAACAGUGUCUUCAACCCUAACACCGUAGCAACGGACGGGGAUUACCCAACUCAGUGUAGUAUUGCGUCACAGCUUCGUUGUCAGGUCGGGGAUUUGACUGGAAAAAAUGGCAACUACAGCUCCUAUCACAAGAGGGCGCUCUUAACAGAUUCCAAUCUGCCACUUUCAGGAACAUCUGGAGUAAUUGGUUUGCCACUCUAUCUGGAGUCCAGUGAUGGUAACAUUGGAUGUGCAACAAUCCAACCCCUCCCGAGUACAGGCUUAGAAACGUCAAUCACCUUCCCUCAGAUGAUAGACUUUGAUGUAUACUCCUUCAAGCUUUCGAUGGCUAACGUUCUAACUGACGUAGAACCAUGGCAGAUUAUUGCCCCACACUACCCUGUGAACAGUGAAACUCUUGAACGCUGUAUGGAUCUGCAGCUAUGGAUUAUUGGUGAGAAUGCUGAAGCAGCCUCAGCUGAACUCAUACUGAAAUCAGCUAACGAUGAGCUCGGAAUCUACUCCACGACAGAUAGAUGUAGAGGAGAUGGUACUGGUGCUGCUGAUCAAAGUUUGCCCCUCUCAGCCCUCACGGUCGUGUUCAUCGCUGUCAUCACAUCUCUAUGGCAACACGUUAUGACGUCAUAACUCCAAAACCUCAUUAAAAUUUAGGAUAUUUUCCACCUUAUGUUUUUCUUUUAAAUUUCGUAAGAAGGAGGUAGAGGUACUUAAUUUUCAGAUGCCACAACAUACUGAUAAUCAUUGAUAGCUGUAAACAAUAUGAUUGUGUAAUUGUACAGGGAAAUUAUAUUAAGAAACAUUUAUACUUCAUCACUGCAAUGUUUAUUGUAAUGCAUGAUUUUUCAUUUCAUUCAUGACAAGAAACAUGUAAUGUGGUUGAAAAAAAAAGAACCUUGAGUUCUUUCAAGUAGUAUAAACAAAGUUUAUUUGGUGUAAUUGUCCUUUCAAGUCUAUUUUCUCCUUAAAAUUUGAAUUUGACUUACUUUAUAUUUUUCUUCUUUCCAAUGGGACUCUGUUUCGUAAACUAUUGGAACAAUAUAAGUAAAAGCUUAUAAUGAAUUAUAUAUUUUUGUUGCUUUACAAUACACUUGAUAUCAUAGAAUAUAUAUAACUGUACUAACUUCUUAUUCAUAGAUAUCUGGUAGGCACUCUCUGUGAAAUAAAAUGAACCAGGGAAUGAACUGGUUCCUAGAGAUUGUUGUUAUCAUCGUUUCUAGGUUUACAGCAUGAUCAAAAGUGGAAGUUGUCUGUGUUCUUUUGCUUUGUUCCAUGAAGUGGGUUCCUAUAAGGCUUUAGGAUACGGAGAACAAUGUUCAUUUUUUGUUUGUUUUCUGGUAGUUUAAGCAUGUGUCCAGACGAAGAUUUAAUGUAAUUUUUAAUUAUGCAUGAUGUGAAUAUUUGCUGUCCAUACUCUGUGCAUUUCUCGGUGUGAUAAAAAACGUACGCCACUUGAAAUGUGACAUCACAUGGACAACCGGACGCUUGUCUCGGUACGCUGUACGCUGUCAAUUAGUUGUUAGAUGUCACGGUCAAUUCCUUAGCUUUGAAGAGAUUAUGCACAGAGUAUGGACUGCAUAUUUCGAUCAGAAUAAAAAACAAAAAAAGAACAAAAAUAGUACGCAGUGCAGAUUUGCAAAAUUAGUUGAGUGCAUUUCAUAUACAAAGUUGAUUUAUACUGCACAGUCUAAAUAUCUAAUUAAAAUUAUAUAAAAAUGUUAUUAAGCAUGAAAGAAAAAGGAAUUAUGAAAAAGUGAAGGAUUUUGCUUGGGGAGAAUGUAUUAGCCUAUACCUUUCAAAUUUAUUUGAUAGUAUUCAUUUGUUUUGUACUAUAUUUACAUUUCUACAGAGAUUUUAUGAUGCUGUUUCAUUUUGAAGAUACUAUGUAUACACAAGCAAUUACUUUAUAGUGAUGUACGCACGUUUGUGGCUGUGUGCGUAAUAUGGUGUGGGUGCGUGCGUGUGUGCGUGCUUGCGUGAGUGUGUGUGAUCAUGUUAUCAUGUGUUUAUAAUUUUAACUGGGUUAUAUAAACUAUCAUAAUUCUGUCAUCUAAAUGACAUUUUUUCGGUUUCUCUGAUUUAUUGAUAAAUCAUACAAUUAGUUGCUUUUUCCUUCUUUUGAUAAAUUAAGUAACCAUUGAAGUUGGACUGCAUUUCAAAAAGACUGAGCAUUACUUUUGCAGACAAUACACAAUGUUAUCGUUGGAAAGGGCAAUGUUCGGGUGCUAAAGUCUAAACGUGUCCUUGUCUAUCAUGUACACAGCAAAGCAGUAUCGUCAUUUCAUUUAAAAGAAAGAGAUAUGAAGAAGUCAAUAUUGAUACGGAUAACAAUUUAAUAUGGAUGAUGUUGUAUGUUCUGUUUUCUAUGGUGAAAAACAAAAUUUAUAAUAAUCAAAUGUGCAGUGUUUUGUCUCAACAAUUCCACUUCCAAGACUCAAUUUUGAACGUCCAUCAUAAACGACAUAUUUAUCAUAUUAUAUAUUGAUUGUCAUUUUCUAUUUGAUACAACAUGUAGUGCUACAACCGUAACUCUUUCCACAAAACAAAACAAAUUUGUCAAUAAUGAAUGUUUGAAGUGGAUUGGAAUUGACGUGCGGAGAAAAAAGAAGGUUUACAAAAAUGUCUACUUGUGGCACUGUGUAGGCAAACUAUUGUCAUGAAGUUAUUGUGAAUGAUACCCAAAAUAAUUGUACUUGUCAAAUAUAAAUGAUUGUGAGCCUACAUGCAUGACACUGCGACACAACUUUGUUUAUUGUAUAGUCUGUUAAUCACGUCGUUUCUUCGACAUUUAUUUCAUUUAUUUCGUUUCAACAUGAAUAACAAUGAAAAUUUAGAACUAGAACACGAAAAGACAUGAAUCGAAAUGUAUAACAAUUUACUUGUAUAGUUUUUUUUUUACCUUAAACCACGCAGAAUAAUAUGUUCACUAUGAGGGUAAAGGGGAAAGCACAUUAAAAUAAAACUUUUUGAUAAUUAUCUUGAUUAAA